AUGACAGGCGCGGCCGGUGCAGGCCUUAUCGGUGCUACCAUAUACGCUACGCGAAAGAACCAAUCCGAGACCCAAGAUAAUAGAAAUAUGGCUCAGCAGAAGCGUGAUCUCGGGCUGGGUGGCGCAGGCAUUGGAGGUAAUCGGAUUGCCGGGGGCACGGAGCGGGGAGGUUCGACUGGCAGUGGUGACGGGGAUCCGGGUCGUCAAAUCACAACGGCCAAGUCGAGAGACAAACUCCCUUCGGGUAAAAUCGGCGGUGGUGAAGGAGCUGGAGGCUCUGGUGCCCGCAGAACGGAGGUUUCUUUCACGGGAUCAAGCUCCAAUGGCACUCCUAGUGGUGAUGGAUCGGGUCAAAACCAAAACGAAGCCAAAGCGCAACUGGAGACAAAUUCGACUUCUCCAGAGAAGUCUGGCUGGUUGAACUCCAUGAAAAGUGCGGUGAGCGGGAAGCGAAUUGCUAGCCGCAAAGACGAAGAAGGGCUUCAUGACACAAGGGGUAUUAGCAAGAUGGGCCAAGAGACACCUUCGAAGCGGGGACCCGCGGACGCUUCGGAUUAG